CCACGUCCCGGUGUGUCCGCCAGGGGGCAGUUGUGUCUCGGUCUGAGGCUGCGCCGCUCCCGCUGCAUCACAGAGAGGAAAAUACCACCAGAUGGCGGUUUAGGAUUGCUGCUCUUCUCUCAAGGCGCGGUUCCGCUCGCACGGCCAAUUUUCAAUAAUAAAAUACGCACAAUAUUAAAACGAAAAUCGAUUUAUUGUUUCGGAAGGUGUUAAUCGAUUCGGCGAUGGUCGUGAAAGGAGGUGAAGAGAGUUAAGUGCCAGCAAGUCGAGUGCAGUCCAUCCGUCUGUCCCGGAGCCUCUCCUCCCUGCCCUUUCCUGAACUUUCCCCCCCGAGCGGAGCCGACCACCUCCUACCUCCAUCCUUGAGCCAGAAGACAAACACACAAACACAAACAGAGUUAAACACUCCAACCGCCACCCACGUCGUCAGGAUGAUCACCUCAGAGCUCCCCGUCCUGCAGGACUCGUCUAAUGAGUCUGGGGCGACAGACGCAGUGGGCCUGAGUAUGAGCAUGAGCGAGAUGGAGGAUCCAGAGGUGAAAGGCAAGAAGAAGAGAGGGAGGCCUGGAAAACAAACCACGACGGCCAAUAAGAAGCCUCGGAAGGCACCGACAGAAAAGGCAGCAGGCGUCACGCGAGGACGAGGGAAAGCCAACGGUGUGGCUCAACAUAAUGGAGACGGAGGAGACCCCGUCACUCUGUUUGAAGUGGUCAAACUGGGAAAGAGUGCCAUGCAGUCUGUGGUGGACGAGUGGAUCGAGUCGUACAAACAGGACAGAGACUUGGCCCUGCUGGACCUCAUCAAUUUUUUCAUCCAGUGCUCAGGCUGUAAAGGCACCGUGAGGAUCGAGAUGUUCAGGAACAUGCAGAACGCAGAGAUCAUCCGCAAGAUGACGGAGGAGUUUGACGAGGACAGUGGGGAUUAUCCUCUCACCAUGCCAGGGCCCAUGUGGAAGAAGUUCCGCUACAACUUCUGCGAGUUCAUCUGCGUACUGAUCCGCCAGUGUCAGUACAGCAUCAUCUACGACGAGUACAUGAUGGACACGGUGAUCUCCCUCCUCACCGGGCUGUCCGACUCUCAAGUGAGAGCCUUCAGACACACCUCCACGCUAGCAGCGAUGAAGCUGAUGACAGCGCUGGUGAACGUGGCUCUGAACUUGAGCAUUCACCAGGACAACACGCAGAGACAGUACGAGGCGGAGAGGAACAAGAUCGCAGGGAAACGAGCCAAUGAGAAGCUAGAGCUGCUGCUACAGAAGAGGAAGGAGCUUCAGGAAAACCAGGAUGAAAUCGAGAACAUGAUGAACUCCAUCUUCAAGGGAAUCUUUGUGCAUCGAUACAGAGAUGCAAUCGCUGAAAUCCGAGCCAUCUGCAUCGAGGAGAUCGGCGUGUGGAUGAAGAUGUACAGCGACGCUUUUCUCAACGACAGUUACCUGAAGUAUGUCGGCUGGACGCUACACGACAGACAAGGAGAGGUGCGUCUGAAGUGCCUGAAGGCUCUGCAGAACCUGUACACAAACCGGGAACUUUUCCCCAAGUUAGAGCUUUUCACCAACCGCUUCAAGGAUCGUAUAGUAUCAAUGACACUGGAUAAGGAGUAUGAUGUGGCUGUGGAGGCCAUCAGGCUGGUCACUCUCAUCCUGCAGGGCAGUGAAGACGCUCUGUCCAAUGAGGACUGUGAGAACGUGUACCACCUGGUGUACUCGGCCCACAGACCCGUGGCUGUCGCUGCCGGAGAGUUCCUGCACAGAAAGUUGUUCAGUCGUCACGACCCCCAGGCAGAAGAAGCUCUAGCGAAGCGCAGAGGGAGGAGCAGUCCAAACGGAAAUCUCAUCCGCAUGCUGGUGCUCUUCUUUCUGGAGAGCGAGCUCCACGAGCACGCAGCCUACCUGGUGGACUCUCUGUGGGAGAGCUCUCAGGAGCUGCUGAAGGACUGGGAGUGUAUGACUGAACUGCUGCUGGAGGAGCCAGUGCAGGGAGAGGAUGUGCUGUCAGACAGACAGGAGAGUGCUCUGAUAGAGCUGAUGGUGUGCACCAUACGACAGUCAGCCGAGGCACACCCACCUGUUGGGAGAGGCACCGGCAAACGGGUGCUGACAGCGAAGGAGAGGAAGACUCAGAUAGACGAUAAGAACAAACUGACCGAGCACUUCAUCAUGGCUCUGCCCAUGCUCCUGUCAAAGUACCAGGCAGACUCGGAGAAGGUAGCCAACCUGCUGCAGAUCCCUCAGUUCUUCGACCUGGACGUGUACAGCGCCGGGCGCAUGGAGAAGCACCUGGACGCGCUGCUGAAGCAGAUCCGGCUGGUGGUGGAGAAGCACAUCGAGGCAGACGUGCUGGAGGCCUGCAGCAAGACCUACAGCAUCCUCUGCUCCGAGGAGUACACCAUCAUGAACCGCGUGGACAUCGCCCGCUCGCAGCUCAUCGACGAAAUGACGGACCGCUUCUCACACUCUGUGGAGGAGCUGCUGCAGGAGGCUGAGGAGGCUGAUGAUGACGACAUCUACAAUGUUUUAUCUACUCUGAAAAGACUCACAGCUUUCCACAAUGCUCAUGACCUGACGCGGUGGGAUUUAUUCGGGAGCUGUUACCGGCUCCUCAAGGCGGGCAUCGAGCAGGGCUCCAUGCCGGAGCAGAUCGCCGUGCAGGCCCUGCAGUGCUCCCACUACUCCAUCCUGUGGCAGCUGGUCAAGAUCACAGAGGGGGCUCCGAGCAAGGACGACCUGGUGGCUCUCAGGAGAGUGGUGAAGUCGUUCCUGGCUGUGUGCCAGCAGUGCCUCUCCAACGUCAACACACCGGUCAAAGAACAGGCCUUCAUGCUUCUCUGCGACCUGCUGAUGAUCUUCAGUCACCAGCUGACGUCUGGCGGGCGGGAGGGCCUCCAACCGCUGGUCUUCAACCCGGACAGCACCCUGCAGAACGAGCUGCUCAACUUUGUCCUGGACCACGUCUUCAUCGACCAGGACGACGAGAGCCAGAGCAUGGAGGGAGACGAGGAGGACGAAGCCAACAAGAUCGAGGCGCUUCACAAAAGGAGAAAUCUGCUCGCAGCUUUCUGCAAACUCAUCAUCUACGACAUCGUGGACAUGCCAGCUGCUGCCGACAUCUUCAAGCACUACAUGAAGUAUUACAACGAUUACGGUGACAUCAUCAAGGAGACUCUGAGUAAAACCAGACAGGCGGACAAGAUUCUCUGCGCCAAGACUCUCAUUCUCAGUCUGCAGCAGCUGUUCAACGAGCUGCUGCAGGACCAGGGACCAAACCUGGACCGGACGUCGUCCCACGUCAGCGGCAUCAAAGAGCUCGCUAGGCGCUUUGCCCUCACCUUCGGCCUGGACCAGAUCAAGACCAGAGAGGCUGUUGCCACACUGCACAAGGAUGGCAUAGAGUUUGCAUUUAAGUACCAGAACCCUCGAGGACCAGAGUUUCCCCCCAUCAACCUGGCCUUCCUGGAGGUCCUCAGCGAAUUCUCUUCCAAACUAAUCCGCCAAGACAAAAAGACAGUACACUCGUACCUGGAGAAGUUCAUGUCAGAGUCGAUGUCGGAGCGUCGGGAAGACGUGUGGCUGCCUCUGAUCUCGUACAGGAACAGCCUGCUGACGGGAGGAGACGAGGACCACAUGUCGGUCACAUCCGGGUCCAGCAGCAAGGCCGCCUCAGUCCGCAGCAAGAAGGGGCGACCGCCGGUACACAAGAAACGCAUCGAGGAAGAGACCAGUGUGGAGGGCUCGUGGCUGAUGCGUAAUGACACUCUUCAGACACCGGGAGCGCUGCAGACUCCUCAGCUCACAUCAACAGUCCUCAGAGAGAACAGACCAGCAGAACACAUGCCAGACCCCGACUCAGAGCCUGGAUCAGAGAACGACUUUGUACACAACCCUCAGAUGCAGAUGUCGUGGCUCGGCCAGCAGAAGAUGGACGAGGUGACCAGGAAGGACCGGACGGGCUUGAACUACAUCAAGUCACGCAGCAAUCAGGGCGUCCGGCAGACUGUACGUGGGCUGAUGGAGGACGAUGCAGAGCCCAUCUUCGAGGACGUCAUGAUGUCAUCGCGAGGCCAGCUGGAGGACAUGAACGAGGAGUUUGAGGACACUAUGGUGAUCGAUCUGCCGCCUUCGAGGAACAGACGUGAAAGAGCGGAAUUAAGACCGGACUUCUUCGACUCUGCAGCGAUGAUUGAGGACGAGUCGGGAUUCAGCAUGCCCAUGUUCUGAUCUGGAAGCGGCAAAGAUCCUGAGAUCAGGAUUCACAUCAGGAGUAAACAGAAGAAGGAGGCGCUGUUUGGGAUAACCUGCCAAUCAAACUCCUAAAAAGAAGAAGAAAAAAACAUUGUCAAAGUACUUUUCUCUUUCUAAAAGACAUGAUGGAAGGACGUUUGUCAAGUGGACCCUCUGAUGGAUCCCACAUCGGCUGGAUCUCACCUGGACGUGUGCAGCGAGGACCAGCUCUGAGGAUCUAGAAAAUUCUCCGUAAUCUAGUCGAAUUAUUCAAGAGGUUCGUCUUGCUCCUGUUCUUCCUGUUGGUUUAGCUCUUGUUAGCGGUAGCUGUGAUGGCGCCUCAGCUGCCGACCAAUGAGUACUUGCAGCUCUUACGGUUCUGUGUUCCACAGAUGUUUUGUUCCGCUCACAAUCAGCAGCGCAACACUCUGUACAGCCCCUUCUUUUAUGCCCCCCCCCUGCCCCCCUGGAUCUGUCUGGUAAAUCAAACAUAAAGAGGGUCUCAAAGUACUUCAAUGUUCUAUAUCUUUGCUCUUAUUAGCACCCACUGAACCCCCUUUCCUCUCACUGUCCGCCAUCUGAGUCCUCGUGUGGUGCUGGUGUGUGACGUGGGUGUAAAUUGUUGAUGGUUGAGGAAGGCGCUUAUGCACACUCAGACCUGCUCGGAGGAAAUGAUGUAAGUGUUUUGUGUGUGAUGUCAAAGCUAAGCGAGUGUUGUCAAAAGAAGCCACACCCCCCCAACACUGGACCGAAAUAUGCCCCGCCCUCUCAGAUCUGGGACAUGUACACACACACACUCACACACACCCUCGAAUAACUGCUUUUAAAGUAAAAAAGUUUUAAAAAAAGACAAUAAACAUAUUUUGAAUUCUGUAGCUUUAGUACUAAAGUUUUAAAUCAAGUGUGUUUUUGUUUCUGUCUGAUGUUUGUACAGCUUUUUUCUUGAAUAUGUAUCUUGUUUGUUGCCAAAUUGUGGCCUACAUACUUACAGUAUAUUCCAGCCCCUCCCUUUACACCUGUAUCUCAUAUCUAAUGGUUACCAAGCUCAGAUUGUUGCUGUGGGAUACCAGCUUUUGAAGCGCUGUGCGGUGUGAUUGUAACGUUUCACAGUUCAGUAUUACAG